AUGAAGUCUCUCAUUCUUCUACCGGUCUUCUUAUGCGUUGCCCUUGCCUUUGGCAUUGGGCAACCCCCCACCCAACAUCCGAUGCGAUUCACCAAUGGAAAUCAGGCUGAUGGAAAAGUCCUCGAGAAACGCGAUAUCCAGUUUGACACGGAUGCCACCAUCCUCAGCGUCGGACGCAACAAGCGGUCAGCAGCUUGGCGCAUUAAUCUGUGGGACUACGGAGACUGGAUGUACAAUGGGGUCAUCCAAGUCGGAAACCCGCCGGUCUCGAUUAUGGUGCUGAUCGAUACCGGAUCCGGUGGAACUUGGGUCAAUGGAGCUGGUUGCCAACCGUCCUGUCGAGACCAGCCUUUCUACGACCCGAAGAAGUCAUCCACUGCCCGCAACAACUCGAAGGGAUGGUACCAGGCCUACGGUGGUGGAUACGUCAACGGUUACGAAGUUCGUGAUACGAUCACCAUUGGUGGUGUCGGACAACCAAACAUCCCGAUCGAGAACUUCACGGUGGGUGUGAUCACGAACACGACAUUCGGAGGCAGCACUUACGCCGGAAUUUUGGGGCUAGAGAUCAGUGACUGGAACCCGAUUCAGGAGGCUAUUCGACGAGGCUAUUUCAACAACCCGAUCAUCUCCAUCUUCUUCCGCCGCUUCCCCAACUCGCGCAACGCCACCGGCGGGUCCAUCACCUUCGGGCAAGUCGAAACCGACUACUGCAAGCCGGUCAUCGGAUGGUACCCGAUCACCAGCUGGCGCUGGCAAUUGGGGGUCAGCAAGAUCGCCGUCGGCAGCUGGAGCAACACCACCACCGUCAGUGCCCUCCUAGACACCGGCACCACGUUCAUCUACGGCCCCACCAACCAGGUCGAGCAGAUCCAGGCCCAGUUCAAGAAUAAGACGUACUACGAUGGAAACCUGUGGGUUGUCCCGUGCAACAAUUUCACCGGCCCAACCCUCGACUUCACGAUUGGAGGCCAUGUCUACUCUGUCCAAGCACCCAACUAUUUGAUCGAUCGCUAUGGAAAUGGCGUCGAAUGCAUGCUGGGCAUUGGCAAGGCCGACUAUGGCAGUCAAUUCCAAUGGGUCCUCGGAACACCCUUCCUCCGCCAAUUCUGCACCAGCUACAACUACCAGACGCAGCAGAUCGGUCUCGCCGAAUCCUAUUGGUACCUA